GAGAAUGCUCGUUUAAAGGGGGAGCUGCAGCGAAAAGCUGCUGAGGCGGCGGAGCUUGAGAAGCGUCAAGGUCAGCUGCUGAACGAACUAGCGGACGUCUCUGUUUGCCUGGGCAGAGAGCGAAGCCUCCAAACGCAGCUGCAACGGGCUCUGGAGCGCGUCUCCACUUUAGAACGUUUGCUGCGGGGAGGCUCGGGCGACGCAGCAGACCAUGCGCAAAGAGUGCAGACACUGGAAGCAGAGGUUGACAAAACGAAGCAAAAGAUGGAGCUGCUGCAGCAGCACUGCGUGCAACAGAUUGCGGCCAUGCGAGAAGCAGUUUAUCUCAUUCUUGGCUGGGACGUUGCCUACCGCUGCGGGGGGCCUGAAGGAGAGGAGACAAUCAUUUUGCAGUGUCUGUACGCCACGCAUGACGGCGUCUUGGUGUUCUCUCGGCAGCAGCAGCAGCAGCAGCAGAAAAAGCUUGAGCCCAAUUAUGAGCAGCCACAGCAGCUGCAGAAGCAGCAAGAAGAGCAGCAAGAAGGAGAUAAACGCGCUGGAGAGGCAGCAGAGAAUGCUGAGGCCGAGACUGCUGCUGCUGCGCCCACAGCCAGCGAUGCAGCAGCAGCAGCAGCAGCAGCAGAUGGUGUUGCUGCUGCUCCUGUAGCAGGUGAAUGCGCCUCGAGCAGGUCAGAGCCGACCCCAGGACACACUGCUGCGCCUCGGGAGCACUCAGACCAGCAGCAGCAGCUGCAGCAGCAGCACGACUCGCAGCAAGAGCAGCAGAAGCCACAGCACCAGCAGCAGCAGCAGCAGACGCCGCAGCAGCAGCAGCAAGAUGAGGCGCUCCAGCGCUUCGCCAAGUCUCGCUAUCGAGUUUCAUUUCUGAAUUUUUACGGGGAUCUGCUCCAAAGAGACCCUCAACUUAGUGGACGGGCGCUGUCGCAGCCGUGGCCCGCUUUUGCUGCUUCGCUUUGCCUCGACGAGCUGCGGCGUUUAACAGUUUCUUUCGAAGGCAAAACGCCCCGCAACAUCCACGGAAUGCUGCUGCCCAUGCCUUGA